CUCCACGAAGAAUUUUCCCAAGCAUUAAAGAAUUUCGCCGAGGCGACGCGAUCGAAUGGAAGUUGCGGAGGAGGAGGAGAAGAAGAAGCCGGCACCUCCCCUGCUCGCCGCGUCGCGCGGCGAUAGCCCCGAGGUCCGCCGGCCGCGCCAUUCCUCCGGCUCCGGAUGCGGAUGCGCCUCCCGUUUUGUUUUUUUCUCCGAAGGUUUGAUCUUGCUGCGAAUGCUCCCGCUUUUCUUGUUCCAAAAUCCAGCCUCUCUCCGCUUGCAGCUUGGGCUUCGAGAUUCAGAAAGAGAAAGCCUCAGGUGAGUUCUGAUGGAGACAAUUCUAGCUGGUUACACGAAGGAUGUCGUCAUGUCGCUUGGUAACUUGGCUGCUAACGAGAUUGCCAAGGUGCUGUGCGUCAAAAAUGAGAUCAACAAGCUGAAGAGGAAGCUUGAGACCAUGACGGCGAUCAUCCGGGAUGCGGAGCAGACGGUCGUGCAGUACGAAACCACAAGGGAUUGGUUGAAGCGGUUGAGAGGAAUAGCUUAUGAGGCAGAGAACAUCAUUGACCGCUGCAGGAUUGAACAGGAGAGGCUCCAAAUGUUCCAACCACAGGAAUGCAAUCCUUCAUCACUUUUUAAGUGCUGCAGAGAUGUUGCUGUUGACUACAUGAUAGCAAAUGAUAUACACGAACUAAAUCAGGAACUGGAGAGCAUUAAGUCAGAGAGUACAGUGCUCCAUCUAAAUCCAGUGACAGAAGACCAAAUCAGAUUAGAUCUUGAUGUUGCUCCAGAUCUUGAGCCUGAUAUUGUAGGCAGAGAGGUUGAGAAUGACUGUGAUACUCUCAUACAGCUGCUAAAGAGAGACUAUAUUACUACUUGUCCUUUGUUUGCUAUUGUUGGAACUAUUGGAGUAGGCAAGACCACCCUAGCCCGAAAGGUAUACCAUAGGGCGGCAACAAUGUUUGAGACCAGACUAUGGGUACACAUGUCCAAAGACUUGCAGCACUUAACAAUGUGGUAUGAUGGGAUGUUCAAAAAAGCAGAGACUGCAGAACAACAAGCACUGUUGCUAUCAUAUUUACAAGGUAAGAAGUUCCUCCUGGUCAUUGAUGAUGUAUGGGGAGAGAAUGUUUGGGAUGGGCGGCUAGAGAUUCAAGCCCAACAUGGCGCCCCUGGCAGUAGAGUCCUUGUGACAUCCCGGGAUGAGCGUGUUGCUAGGAGGAUGGGGGCCAUCCAUCUUCACACGGUGAAGAUGCUGAAUGAGGAUGAUGCUUGGUGGUUGCUUCGUACAAGGGCCUUCCUUGAUGAAAGCGCUGGCAACAUGCAGGAUAUCGGAAGACGAAUCGUGCAAAAGUGCAAUGGCCUUCCAAUGGCGAUAAGGAGAAUUGGAUGCCAUCUAAGGGACGUGGACCCUAAGGAAGAUGACUGGCGAAGAGUCUGCUCGAGUGAUUUCUGUGGCAUUUCUGCGAGGAUACGGAGCACCAUUAACAUGAGUUACCUAGAGCUUCCAUAUUACCUGAAGAGGUGUUUUCUGUAUUGUGCAUUGUACCCAGAGGGAUUUGUUAUUGACAGGCAGUGUAUCACCCGUCAGUGGAUCGCAGAGGGAUUCAUUGUGAGCCAGACAAACUCUACAACAGUUGAAGAAGAAGCUCAAAGAUGCUACGAUGAAUUGUUAGGACGGGGUCUUCUUCUCCCAGAGAUUGAAGACUAUGAUGUGGUGGGAUCAAAGAUGCCUCAUCUUUUCAGAUCAUUUGCACUUCUUCAGUCGCAAGAUGAAAACUUUACCGGCAACCCUCAAGAUAUAGGUGAUGUUUUCAAACCAUGCCGUUUGUCUGUUACGCAUGGAGGUGUAGAAGCCAUUAGAAAUGGCAUCAAAAAGCUCAAGAACUUGAGGACACUUCUCCUAUCUGGGAGUGCAGUAAAUGACAGGGCCUUGAGUGAUAUUUUCCUAAAGUUCACACACCUAAGAGUUCUAGACCUUGGAAAUACACGGAUCGAGUGUGUUACUGUGAGUUUAGGACGGAUGGCACACCUUAGAUAUCUUAGUUUUGCUAAUACUCAAGUUAGAGAAAUUCCUGGUACUAUUGAGAAUCUGAGGAUGUUGCACUUCUUAAUACUCAGGAACUGCAUUUGUCUUAAUGCUCUCCCAGAAUCUGUGGGCCGACUAAAAAACCUGAGAAGCCUUGACAUAUCAGGUGCAGGACUAAAUAUUGUAUCAUUUAGAUUCUCCCAGAUGAGAGAACUCAACUGCCUACAAGGUUUCCUUGUGAGCCCAAGUGGUGCGCAACACAGAAGUGGUUGGCCAUUUCAAGAGCUGAGUUCCUUAUCUAAGCUGACAAGCCUUCAGAUGUUAAGGAUAGAGAGGGAAUUAAAUGCAGAAAGUGCAAAACAAUCAGCGUUGCGGGAGAAGUGUCACCUCAAAGAGCUUGAGUUGUGCUGCAGCCUUGAUGAGCAAACCACACAGAUGGGUAAAGCCGAGAAUGUCAAAGAUGUUUUCGAGGAACUGGCGCCAGCACCUUCUGUUUUGUCUAUCAAGAUGGAAAAUUAUUAUGGGCAUGAAUUUCCAUCUUGGCUAUCCUCACCUGCUCUAUCAAAGUUGCAGAGGCUAACCCUAGCUGGCUGCUCACAUUGCUCGCAUCUGCCAUCUCUGGGCCAGAUGAGUAAUCUAAAAUACCUUGCAAUAAUCGAUUCCAAUUUGUCAGCUACCAUUGGUCCUGAGCUUCGUGGAAAUCCCGAUAAUGGGGUAGCAUUUCCUAAGCUGCAGCAGUUGCUCAUCAGCGAGAUGAGCAACUUGAAGUCAUGGCGGGGCAUCGAAGAAGGAGAUAUGCCUUCACUAGUGAAUCUCAGGCUUGAAAGAUGCCCCAAGCUGGAAUCACUUCCCCGCUGGCUUGAGCAUUGUACUGCUUUGAGAAGCUUUCGCAUAGAUCGCGCCGAUAGCCUGAAAACAAUUGAGAAUCUGCCUGCAGUUAGAGAACUUGAAGUUCACAGGAACAAAAAGCUGAAAAGGAUCUUAAACCUCGGAAGUCUCGAAGGUUUGAAAGUUGUGCAUUGCUUGGUCUUGAAAGUGGUACAAGGUGUUCCUUCGUUGCGCACCGUGCAUUCAGAUGACAGAAAUUCAACUGAACUCCCGCCAUGGUUGCAGCCGCAAGAACCGUUCAUUCUCAAGAGACUGGAGAUAAUUGGGACUGAGGAGCUACUGGAUAAGUGCUCAUCUGCUAGUAGCCCAUAUUGGUCUUCCAUUCAGCAUGCUGAUCAUGUCUUCGCGCAUCUGCCCGAUGAUACCUUCUACUUCUCCUACACCAAAAGUAACGGCAGCUUCCAUAGAAGCGCAAGAUCCCUUGCACGAUCUUCUUUGUAUAGUUCUCCGAGCUUCGUUAUGCCUUCUGUUACACAGGGCAGUGAUGUUAUUGCACCAGAAGAAGAUGCAGGGAGAAACAUGCAGAUAGAAAUAGGUCGAUCCAGGAGUCAGUCAUGGGUGAGGACCGAACUUUUCGCAGUUCUCCUGUUUGUUGCUGCCCACUUGUUUUUCUUGUCAACCGCACCUGCUUCUGCACAUUGAAUUCGGGCAGUUCAGGCAGUGUAAAAAUUGGCGAUUAUUCCAUUGACCUUUUGAUGUUCACAUUUUGUUGGCACAAAAUUCAUUGAGAACAUGUGCUUCUUGUUGUGGUCUGUAUGAUUUUUUUUUUCAAUAGUUUCUACUGCUUCGUGCUAGUAUAUAGGCAAACAGUGCAUGGGGUAAUAUUUAAUUGCACAGAGAACACUGUGGUUAGUACCGCUUGUCUACAAUAAUACAUGAA